CCGCUUUCCGCCCCGGUGAGGCGGGAGGGGGGAUCGGUAUGUCGGGGCUGCAGCCCCGGCUGGGCGGUACCGACAGGCGGCGCCGCGGCGGCGCGGGGGAGGCGGUGAGCUCAGAUGGUCAGCAACACUUAAUGUCUGCAGGCUCUCGUCAUAAAAAGAAACUGUCAAAAAGACCUGGAUACAUGAGGUUUGAAGCUCAGCAACAGAAAGAACUUCAGCCCCUGAGUGCCUGCAAACCGUUCAGCCCAGAAGAGCUGAAACAUGGCAGACAGGAAUCUGGAGACUGCUCUGUACUCAGAAGAUGCCAAAAUAACUUUGAACUCUUGUGCUGUAGUGCAGCAAGUAGUGCUGUAGCUCCUGCUAAUGAAGUAACAGCAUUGGCCACUACUGGAAAUAUGGCAGGACAGUGCAAAAACGUUUUGUGUUGCCAGAGUCCACAAUCAGAAAACCCAGUGAUAACAGUUUACCCCACUGCAACAGCAAGCAAAAGAGAUCUUUCUGCUGUGUGCCAUACCCAGCAGAAAAGCCAUGGCAUUAAAGUUUGCAAGUCCCCAAACAUGUGUGCUUUGGAUCAGAGAGAAGUGAAUAACAACUGUGAAUAUCAAAAUGAAGAUAUUGUUUCUUACUCUGUUGGUACCCAUGAUAGCUUUAGUUCAAGUUUCAGCUUCAUACAGCUCUCCCUGAACUCUGCCUCUGGAGUAAGUGGUGCUGAAGGCAAGCCAGCUCUCAAGGAAGCUGAGUAUGCUCUGGAUCUGAGCACCACAGGAAAUCUGCAGAACCCAGAAAAGGUGGCACAAACUUGUAAGCACUUGGGAGCUUUGCAUUGCUCCUCCAGGCCUAGUGAGGAUUUGGAGUAUGAAAAUGACGUUGCAGCAAAUGAUAAACUACAGAACUGUGAGAGUGUUUCUCUCUCAGAUACAGAUGCAACAUUUUCAUAUUCGACAGAUUCUUCAGAUGCAGCAUCUGCUGGCUCUUCUGUCACCUCAGGCUAUGAAAGUAGCUUUACUGUUAGUGACCAUAACUGGGAUACUUUGAUGAAAAAAUAUGAACCAGUGCUACAGGACUGCCUGCUUGGCAACCGCAGUACAUUAAAGAUAAUAUCCUUGAUCUCACGGCUUCAGAGGCUUCAGGAAAAAGCAGUAGAGGAAGAUGACUAUGAUAGAGCUGAAAAAUUUAGACAGGAACUGGAAGAACUGGAGAAAGAGAAGAAGUCUUUUAAAUUUCAGCUCCCUUCAAGGCAUCCUUCAAUUAGCAGUUUUUUGGAUAGGUUUGUUACCCAAACUCAAGCAGCAUUGCGCUGGGCUGCUGAUUGUCGGAUUAGACAUGAAGAAUCUCAUGAAAUCAAACACAAACUUUUGAGAUCCACUUACCAAGAGAGGAUGCAGGUUUCAGCCACAAAACGAAACCAACUCUUUGAAGAAAAGAAAUGUUUACAGAAAGAAAUCGAAGACCUCCGAGAAAGACUGGCCAUAUUAGAAGCAAAAGAUCAACAGCUAAGGAGAGAAAUUGAAGAACAAGAUAGUGUUAUUCAGUCACAGGAUUGUGAAAUGACUGCAUUACUUGGCUAUGUUUCUUUGAGAGAACUACAGGAAAUAAGCAAGGCUGUGGAUGAAACUUUAACAUCCUCCUAUGGAAUUGCUUUCAGUCUGGAUCUUCCGGGGACAAUAAAGAGCCUUCAGGAAAAAGAAAAAUCCUUCAGCAUGUCCAUUAAAGAAACUACUGCCAAAGUUUGCACUAGUCAGAAACUCUGCAGUACUUUGAGGAGGAAAGUGAGUGAUAUCGAGUGCCAGUUACCAGCUCUGCUUGAAGCCAGAAUGCUGGCUGUUUCAGGAGGUAAUUUUGGCACUGCGAAGGAUUUGACAGAAGAAAUAAGAUUGUUAACAUCUGAGAAGGAGGGGCUGGAAGGACUUCUCAGUGAGCUGUUGGUUCUGAGUGCCAGAAACAUCCAAAAAUUAGAGAGAGUUAAAGAUGAUUACACCAGACUGAAACAAGAGCUUGAGCAAGGAGUGGCCGUUUUUGUGGCCAGUGUGAAAGAAAAUGCUGAGAAGUACAUAGAAAUCCUGGAGGAUAAACUUCAUAGCUGUGGGAGCCAGCUGCUACAAAGAGUGUGGGAAGCUGACUUGGAGGCCUGUCAGCUGUUGAUCCAAGGGCUUCAAUUGAAAGAAAGCAGUUGCUGUGCUUUUGAGGAGGAGGAGAAUGAAAUGGAUGAGAUGGAGAUGACUGCUGAUGGCCCAUCUGAUUCUGAAAAAAGAAAAAAACACUUUCCAAAGGACAGAGAAUGGGACAUUCUUCCCUGCCCCAAACACAGUGAGCUUAAAAAGGUUACGGAAGACAUUUUAUUUGGAGCAGAGGGUCAUUUAUCUGAGGAGUUCUUCCUAUUUUCUGCAGAGUUGGGAGGAAAAUGCGAAGCAAUAAGUGAGAAAUUGGUGCAUCUGGAAGAUCAGUUGCAAACUUCUGCCUGCAGAGUUGAUGAAGAAGUUAUUCAUAUCCUUUCUGUAUCAGCCUGCGUAAGUAUGUAUGUGAAAUUGCCUCUCAGAUGGAUGUGGAACACUGGUUCAUUACAUGGACUAGACAGAAUCAUAGACUCCUUUUGAUUGGAAAAGGCCUUUAAGGUCAUCAAGCCUGAGCAUUAUCUAUUCCUACAAGUCUGGUGCUAAACCAUGUCCCUUAGCACCAUAUCUAUGCAUCUUUCAAACACCUCCAGGGAUGGUGAUGCAGCUACUUCCCUGGGCAGCCUAUUCCAGCAUUAGAGAACCUUGUUAUGGAUGCUUCCUCCAGUGCAACUUGAGGCCAUUUCUUCUUGUCUUAUCAGUUAUUACUAGGGAGAAGGGAUUGACCCCCACCUCUCUCCAGCCUCCUUUCAGGUACUUGUAGAGAGCAACAACAUCUCCCCUCAGCUUCUUUUUCUUCAGACUAAACAAUCCCAGUUCCCCCCAGCUGCCUCAUAAUCCCUGGUCACUAGACUCUUCACCAGCUUUGUUGCUCUUCUUUGGAUACACUCCAGCACAUCAUCAUCUUUCUUGUAGUUAAGCUCCCAAAACUGAAGACAGUACUCAAGGUGUGGCUUCACCAGUGCUGAGUACAGGGGAACAAUCACUUCCCGCUUGUCAUACUGUUCCCAACACAGGCCAGGAUGCUGUCAGCCUUCUUGGCUACCUGAGCACACUGCUGAUUCGUAUGUUAAGAAUCAGUUGUCUUGCUGAGGUGGGCGUUUUUGUUGUAUCCAGUUUUCCUACAGUGCACGUUCACUGUGGUCUAAUCCAGCAUUAAUUGAUUUAAACAGAAGUUAUUUCUUUGUAAAUAGAGGUGAGAUACUGAAAAGCCUUUGCUCUACUGUUAAAAUCCUUUUGUUUGUAAUGCUCACUUAUGUAAAUAAGUAGUGCACCAAAUACUGCCUGGAUACAAGCAUCCAUAUACCUGCAUUUCCCAACAUGAUGUAGAAUGAUAGACUCAUAGAAUCAGUCAGGGUUGGAAGGGACCACAAGGAUCAUCUAGUUCCAACCCCCCUGACAUAGGCAUCCAGUUCUGGAGCCCCCAUUACAAGAAGGACGUGGAUGUGCUGGAGUGUGUCCAGAGAAGGGCCACGAGGAUGAUCAGAGGGCUGGAGCAGCUCUGCUAU